AUGGAAUGUAUUGCAAUCGAAAAAGUGAUUGCAACCGAGAUUGCGGAUGUGAGGGCAGACCCAGUAUCUCCCGGCCUAACACGAGAGAAGGCACCCACAAAUGAUGCGGAGGUGACGGCAAUGCAGAAUCUGGUGUUGCAAACCAUAUUGGAGAAGAGACGUGCGCUGGGUGGUUACGUUGGAUGGAAAAACAGGGCAUCCUUCGAGAGGAAGACAAGCUUGGGCAUCAUGGAAUUGGCGGAAAAGAUUGCCACGUUUGCUGCCAAAUACGACCAGUAUCUCGGGGGAUGCUGCUAUGAGAUGCCCAAGGACGAGGCACGUCUGGUGGAGCCUCUCGAAAAGGCCGCUAAGAAGUGGGAUUGGAGAGCGCAAAUGCUCUUGGGGCUUAACUAUACAACAGGCGGUGGGGUGGUCCAGGACUAUGCGCGCGCAGUGGAGCUCUUGAGGAAGGCCGCCGAUGGGGGGUUUGCCAUGACAUUUAGGCGCCUCCAGGAAGCCGGCUACGCCAAUGGCCCUGAGGACGAGGAUGAGGUGUCCAAGGAGGCCGGCUUGAGGGGGAUCUUCAAGUUUUCUGGGGCCACCAGUUGGUGGCUAGAUUGGUGGUUAAAUCAGGAUUCGCGCUCCUUUGAAGACAAGGACGAGGAGGACUAUGAGGGAUUCAUCCUGGUGGAGUACGAAGUGUCGCGGUGCUUCGCCUGGGCCGAGUAUGAACUGGCACUGUGCUACCUCAGAGGCACCGAGGUGCCCAAGGAUGAGGCGGAUUACAGACUAGGACUGUGCUACCUCAAAAGCAUCGGGGUAGCCGAGAACAAGGCGCGCGCUGCAGAGCUCUUUGCAAAGGCAGCCGACCAGGGGUACGUCCUGGCACAGUACAGACUGGGACUGUGCUACCUCAGAGGCAUAGGGGUGGCCAAGGACAAGGCGCGCGCAGCGGAGCUCUUUAGGAAGGCCGCAGCCGACAACAAGUACUCUCUGGCAGAGCUGAAACUGAUAGGACAAGCGUUGCUCAAAGAAUCCACUGCAUAG